AUGGCACUGGCCACCGCUGGGGCCGCCGGAUUCUACGGAGCCAGCAGCCGCGGCAAGAAGUCCCGUGCUGCGGCCAUCGUUCGCCAAGCCAAGGACCACAUCAACAUCGGGACCAUCGGACAUGUCGACCACGGCAAGACCACACUCUCCGCCGCCAUCUCCCUUGUCUGCGGCCAGUUCAGCACCUCCGACGACACCACCAAGAAGUCCUACGAGGAAAUCGAUAAUGCACCGGAAGAGCGCGCACGCGGUAUCACCAUCAACGCCUCACACAUCGAGUAUGAGACGGAGACCAGGCACUAUUGCCACGUCGACUGCCCCGGCCACGCCGACUACGUCAAGAACAUGAUCACAGGAGCUUGCCAGAUGGACGGCGGCAUCCUCGUGAUUUCCUCUCCAGAUGGCCCUAUGGCCCAGACCCGAGAGCACAUCCUUCUCUCGAAGCAGGUUGGCGUCCCUGCUCUGGUGUGCUUCAUGAACAAGGUGGACAUGAUGGACGACGAAGAGCUUUUGGAGUUGGUGGAGUUGGAGACUCGCGAGAUGUUGAGCCAGUACGGCUUCCCUGGUGAUGACACUCCAUUCAUCCAGGGAAGUGCUCUGCAGGCCUUGGAGCAGAUGAAGAAGGACCCGGGCACCAAGAAGGGGGAUGACAAGUGGGUCGACAAGAUCCUUGAGCUCAUGGAGACUGUGGACGAAUACAUCCCCACCCCAGAGCGCGAGACUGACAAGCCUUUCCUGCUGGCAGUUGAGGAUGUGUUCUCCAUCUCAGGCCGAGGCACAGUGUGCACCGGCCGGGUUGAGCAGGGCAUUGUCAAGAAGGGUGACGAGGUGGAGAUCUUGGGCCGCGGAAAGAAGCCCCAGAAGUCCGUCAUCACCGGAAUCCGCAUGUUCAACACCGACCUCCCAGAGGGCCCAGCAGGCUACACUGUGGGAGUCCUGUGCCGUGGUAUCGACAAGGACGCUGUCUUCCGCGGCCAAGUGAUUUGCGCCCCGGGUGCGACCAAGACCCACACCAAGUUCAAGGCCAACAUCUACUUUGCGAAGAAGGACGAGGGUGGCCGCUCCAAUCCGGUGAUGCCCGGCUACAUGCCUGUGUUCUAUUUCCGUACCUGCGACGUGACAGGCAAGAUUGAAGGCAUGGUGAGCUCGGACGGCAACGAGGUGCAGAUGGCCAUGCCGGGUGACAAUAUCACUUGCACCUGCGAGCUCAUCGCCGGCACCCCUAUCGAAAAGGGCAUGCGCUUCGCCAUGCGAGAGGGCGGACGCACCAUCGGCCAGGGCCUGAUUGAGGAGACCAUGUGA